CGGCAGGGGAUCGGCGAGCCCAGCGUGUACCACGCCGUGGUGGUGAUCUUCCUGGAGUUCUUCGCCUGGGGGCUGCUGACCACGCCGAUGCUCACGGUGUUACACCAGACUUUUCCUCAGCACACGUUCUUGAUGAACGGCCUGAUCCAUGGAGUCAAGGGUCUGCUUUCUUUUCUAAGUGCCCCACUGAUUGGUGCUCUCUCUGAUGUCUGGGGCAGGAAAUCCUUCCUCCUCCUCACGGUCUUCUUCACGUGUGCGCCGAUUCCCCUCAUGAAGAUCAGCCCGUGGUGGUAUUUUGCUGUCAUUUCCAUGUCUGGAGUCUUCGCUGUCACCUUUUCUGUGAUUUUUGCCUACGUUGCCGAUAUCACACAGGAGCAUGAGCGCAGCACGGCGUACGGCUUGGUGUCGGCCACGUUUGCUGCCAGCCUGGUCACGAGCCCCGCCAUCGGCGCGUACCUCUCCCAAGCCUACGGCGACACGCUGGUGGUUGUGCUGGCCUCAGGGGUGGCUCUGCUGGAUAUUGGCUUCAUCCUGCUGGCUGUGCCGGAGUCUCUGCCGGAGGAGAUGCGCCCGGUCUCCUGGGGAGCUCCAAUCUCUUGGGAACAAGCGGACCCCUUUGCUUCCCUGCGCAAGGUGGGUCAGGAUUCUACCGUGCUGCUCAUCUGUAUCACCGUCUUUCUCUCCUACCUUCCGGAAGCCGGCCAGUACUCCAGCUUUUUCCUGUACCUCCGGCAGGUCAUCGGUUUUUCCUCGGAGACCGUGGCAGCCUUCAUCGGUGUAGUUGGAAUUCUCUCCAUACUGGCUCAGACAGUGGUGUUGGGAAUCCUCAUGCGUUCCAUAGGAAAUAAGAACACCAUCCUGUUGGGACUGGGCUUCCAGAUCCUGCAGCUUGCCUGGUAUGGCUUUGGAUCGCAGCCUUGGUAA